CGGAUCCUCUGUCAAACAAACACACACACUCACCCACACACACCACGCUCUACAACCCACACACACAAAUGCCAGGACACUCACACACAUGCAACCCAAUAACGAGAGCAGCAUCACUCCGAGCCGCCUGCCGCCGCCGGUGGCAGCCCUCACCGCUUCUCCGAGACGCAAAGCUGGGAGCCCGCUGGGAGAAGAGCUCCUGCUGCCUUUUUAGCACAAAGAAAGAGGAGAGGGAAGCCAGAGACUCCAUCUGGGAAGGGGUAGAUAAUUCAGCAGACGCGCUGUGAAGAGAGAGAGAGAGAGAGAGAGAGAGGGAGGAAGAGGAAGAGAGACGGGGGAGGGAAGGUGAGUGAAUGCAGUCCAGUCCAGCUGCUGUUACCACCGCUGCUGCUGCUUCUGCUGCUGCUUCUGGAAGAGAAAAAAGAAGAAGAAGAGGAGGAGGAGGAAGCUCAGUGUCUGGAGAGGCUGGAGAAACAGCAUUAUCCAGUGCAGACCCAACAAGAGCAGCCGGCCAGCAGUGAUCAGAGCACCUCCAGGCUUACAGAUGUGGAUGGAGCGCCUCUCAAGUUCUGGUCCUGGGUGUCUGGCCCACUGAUUCAACCCCAGCCAGGAGUAGGUGGAAGCAGCUGAGAGAAUGGCCAUGGGGGUGUCCCUUGGCCAGGUCGUAGGCUGGAUCCUGCCUUUCCUGUUCUUGCUAGUAAUGACCAUGGUGUCACCCACCAGAGGCCAAGGAUGUCCCCAACGCUGUGAGUGCAUUUCAAAGCUCAAGACUGUGUCAUGUCAUAGUAAACGCCUCUCUGCCCUGCCAGAUGGAAUCCCAUUAGAAACCAAGAUCCUGGACCUAAGUGGGAAUAAACUUCGGUGGGUAGAGCAUGGCGACCUGCUUCCAUAUCCACGCCUUGAAAAGCUAGACUUAAGUGAGAAUAUAAUCAGCGUCCUGGAGCCGAAUGCUUUUUCUAGUCUCCAGAACCUGCAGUCGCUCUCACUGAGGGGUAACCAAUUGAAACUGGUGCCCAUGGGGGCUUUCUCACGUCUCUCCAACUUAACAUCAUUAGACCUUAGCGGGAAUAAGAUUGUAAUUCUAUUGGAUUUUACUUUUCAGGAUCUGAAGAGUUUAAAAAACCUGGAAGUUGGAGAUAAUGAUUUGGUUUAUAUCUCAAAUAAAGCUUUUCUGGGUCUAGUUGGACUGAGGGAGUUGACCAUUGAGAGGUGUAAUCUGACUUCUGUGUCGAGCCAGUCUUUGUCUUACCUGCACAACCUGGUGACUCUACGGCUCCGCUACCUCAGUAUCUCUACCUUAGAGGACCAGAACUUCCGUAAACUGGGGAAUCUGAGAGGCCUAGAGAUUGAUCAUUGGCCCUUCUUGGAGUACAUUUCCCCUCACAGUCUGCAGGGUCUCAACUUGUCCUGGUUGUCAAUCACGCACACAAACAUCACCUCUGUGCCGACCUCUGCUCUACGUAGUCUGGCACACCUCACCAGUCUCAACCUGUCCUACAACCCUAUUUCUGUCUUAGAGUCUUGGGCACUGCGAGACCUCAUCAGGCUGAAAGAGCUGCAUUUGGUUAACACUAACCUGGUCACGGUCCAGCCGUAUGCUCUGGGUGGCUUAAGGCAAAUUCGCCUUCUUAACCUCUCCACUAACAACCUGGUGACCCUGGAGGAGGGAGCCUUUCAGUCUGUCAACACUCUGGAGACGCUGCGUUUGGAUGGGAACCCUCUGGCAUGUGACUGCCGCUUACUCUGGAUCCUUCAGCGCAGGAAGACCCUUAAUUUUGACGGCGCUUCCCCAGUGUGCAUGACGCCCGUCGAAGUACAAGGACGAGCUCUUACUGCUUUCUCGGACUCAGCUCUCUUCGAGCACUUUACCUGCCAGAAGCCCAAAAUCCGAAACAGGAAACUGCAACAGAUAUCUGCCCGUGAGGGACAGGUUGUGUCAUUCAUUUGCAGAGCAGAAGGUGAGCCAACACCUGUGAUAUUCUGGAUUUCUCCUCAGCGCCGCCGCAUCACCACCAAAAGCAGCGGCCGUGUCACUGUGUUACCAGAGGGGACUUUAGAAAUACGGUACGCCCAGGUAACAGACAGUGGAACCUACAUCUGCAUUGCCAGUAAUGCUGGUGGAAAUGACACCUAUUUUGCCACACUUACAGUUAGUGGGCUGCCACUAGAUGCUGCCCUUAUGGCAAACCGUACCUACUAUGCUGGGGACCUCAAUGACACAAAUCUGAAUGAUACUAGAGUCUUCUUAAAGUUUACUCUGGAUCUCAAAACCAUCUUAAUAUCCACUGCUAUGGGCUGUAUCAUGUUCCUGGGCGUAGUUCUUUUCUGUUUCAUUCUGCUGUUUGUGUGGAGUCGAGGGAGAGGGCAGCACAAAAACAAUUUCUCAGUGGAAUAUUCCUUUAGGAAGGUGGAUGGACCUGCCGCCAGUGGAGGACAGGGUGGGGCACGCAAGUUCAACAUGAAAAUGAUUUGAUUAUUAAAGACUGUUUCCACUUUCUACAAUACUUGUUUACAAACUUUAAGAAGCGUGGAUGUAAAAGGACACAUAACACUGGAAUGGACCCCUUUCUAUUAGCAAACAUUAUAGACCCUUACUAUUUGUAAGACAUUUUAUCGAGAAAAGGUAUUAUUAUUCAGAAACUAUGUAUGUAUGAGAACUGGGACUAUGUAUGUAUUUGAUAUAUUUCUAUUGCUUUUUGCUGUGUUCAUAUUAAUGUGUAAGAAAGGGAUCUGGAUUAUAGUUGAAGAUGUUCAUAAUCCUGAAUAGACCAAGCAACAAAAGCACCCAGAUCCCUGAGUCUUUAACCUCUACAAAGCUCUUGCCAACUCAGUCCUUCUUUCGUACAAGAAAUUCUAUCUCCUUUGACUUUUAAGGACUUCACCUCUCGGCUCCAUCUGAGGUGACUCAAGCUCCCUGUCUCCAGACUCAUGAAUACAUAAUAAUAGGUUGGUGCUCGAUGAAUGCCAAGGACUUGCCAAUGUUUAUUUGAAUAGUUCCAGCUAUAUACUGCGUAUUUAGACUCAUCGACAGUCACAACUACAGAGCACUAUUAUGGCGAUUUGACCUAAAUACAGGGGGUCAGCUUGAAGAGCUUUUCUCUACACUACAUCAGACAACUAGCAGUCAGCUGCAGUAAGUCUUCGUAAAACACUGCCAACACAACCAUUAAGCACCAUUUUAAUCAAUUACAAGCUGAGGGAAGAGUGACUUCUUAUUGGAUUGUUCUUUAAACAAAAAUGGGAGUCUACAGUACAGGUUAAGUUAUAAUUACAGGACAUGAUGUACAGUGCUAUUGUGACAAAUCAGUACAAGCAGUGUAUAAUGGAGAUGCACACAACUCAGUUAACUUUUUCCAUGGUUGUCUAUUCAGUAGAGACACCAAAUUAAUCCUCCCCUCUUCAAAUGAAAAUGCUGUAUCAUAAAUAUGAACGCAUGUACAGUGAAAAAGUUGACUAUUUAACUUGUAGUAUUUGUAAAUUGGGUGAAUUCAUCCCAGAGGUGAAGAGAUCAUACUGUAUAGAUAAACCAUAACCUGUAUCAGAUGUAAUAUAUAUUUUGUAAUCUCUCACAUUGAAAUAUUUGUGGUUGUUUAUAGUACUGUCGAGUGAUCGGAUUUAAUUGUUCUAUUGUAAUUCUACCGUUAAAGUCUCUUUUCGAAUCCAGUUCAAUAAUAACAGCUUUUACAGUCUCACUCUGUUGUUUUAUCAGAUAGAAACUGUAGUGAGACAUGAUGACUCUUCCAGUUCAUGCUCGCAACAGAUCAUGAAGGGCAUAUAUGUCAGGUUUCAGUUCCCUUGUCUAUUUUUGGGCAGUAAGUGACAGUGGGGAGGCUUGGCUGACCACCAGGGGAAGGAGUUAAGUCUCAUCAGGACUUUGAUUGAGACAUGCAGGGAGGAAACGCUAAUGUGAUAAAGACCUCGGGUGUUGAAACAAAGGUCGUGAGGAAGUUCUGUGAAAGCAGUCGAUACAUCCUUUGAAAAUCUUCAUUACUGUAUAAUAACAAAGGACUGAAUGCUAACUUUUUACUAUAUAAGAUAACAUAAAGAUAGCUUUUAAAACACUGUGAUAGUAUAAGUGUGAGGGGGAUUUGAAGAAGUGUUUCAUAUUGGAUUAGAAAUCCCAAUGUGUUAGUUUCUACUGUGACUUUGUAAUAAACGAAUGUAAUCAGUAAUUAUGGUACACAAAGAGAUCAGUUUUGGGUUUUGGAGAACAUCAGUAGUAUUGUCAACAAACCCACACUUGAGAGAAUACGUCCAGUUUCCAGACAUAACUGGAAAUAACUGGGAGCAAACGGGCAAAUUUCUGAAACUGUUCUGUUCUUAAUUCUCUUGAUAUUUGCGUUCGCUCACAGGGAGUUGAUACCACUGGAUCAGAGAUCACCUCUUUCUCUAGCUUAAAGUACUGUACUGCUAAUAGUGUUCUGCUGCCCUCUGAUGGCAAUAAAUGGAAGUGAAACUCUGCACUAUUACUACUAGAGCAAAUGGGGAUAUAACCUUGCUGACCUUUAAUAGAACGUUAUUUAUAUCAGUUCUCUAAAGCCAAAUGUGAAACAAAUGGAGGGCUGGAUCCAUCUGUAUUUUAGAAAUAUAUUUCACACAACAAACCCAACCCCUCUAUUAGUUCUCCUGGUUAAAACAAAUGUUAAAAACUACACAAAUGAUGUGAUAUUCCAUGUUAUCUAAUUUAAUAUUCACUGCACAACAAACCGUUUACAUAAAAUGUAUAAAUCACAGUAUAUAUUUAUUAAUAAGGAACUCUGGAUAUAUGGAUGGACUGAUACGGCGGCAGUUUAGCAUCCUCUGUAUGGUUUGAAACAUGUAUUUAUGGUACUUUUCAUUGUUCUUUGCUGAGUUCAUGUUGUACAUAUGGAAACCAUUGUGUCUGGAAAUUGUGCUAGACUGUUUUGUAUUGUAUCAUUUUAUAAAAUGAAGCACACUGUUUAUAAAGCAUGCAAUAUGGUCUGCUAUGAUAAUGUCUUGUCCCCCGGCCCAUUUUAUUUUUUUUAAUAACAGUUAUAACAGUGAUCUGAUCUUUCCUGAUUCUUAUAGUGGUUCUCAAAAGUUGAUUUAGACCCGUGACCCCCUCACUGUGAGAUUUUAUGUUCAAUAUGUUAUUUGGAUUAGUUCCUCAGGAGUUUGUCAAGUUUUUAUUUAACAAAAUUAAGUCAUCAGAUGGAUGGAUGUGCUAUCUACACGACACAUAAAGAUGUACUGCCUAGAAGAAACCCUUCGUUGUCAUUAUUCCCUAUAGUUAACGGGGUAUGGGAAACUGUGAAUCGCAAUUUAAAUUUGUCAACACACAAGUUACAAGAUGAAAUUAAAUCAUUAUUCCUAAA